AUGGUGGACGCUGUGAUAAUUUAUUAUAUUGUCCCUCUAUGGGGUAGGAGGGGUAUCAGUUGUCUGGUGUGGGCUGCAUUGUGCCACGACGACGAGGGGAACGUCGUCAGGACACGAAGCAGACCGCAAGGCAUUCCCUCAUGCAACCAGACGGGUGGGCAGGUUGCGGAUAGCCCGAUCCCCCCAGGACAGGGAUGUCCUCUAAGGACCCCGGACAAGAGGGUGGCACAUGGAUCGAAACCCACUCCAUAUGCUGUUCCUUACCUUCUCAUCCUUGAUCCCAAUAACCUCAGCCCCAUAACCCCAUCCCUACCCAUCAACCCAACCUACACUAGCACAGACACUCCCCGAAAUACUCAACGCAUAUACACUCACACCCACAGACACACACCAUCAACACACAAAACACACAGAUACACUACAAAAGGGUGUGACUGGACUGCAUUGACCCCGUAUGUCGGUCUAGGGUACACUCCUGCACAUGCCGUGUGCAGCGAGAGCCGAAGGCAGGGAGAAAGGAGUCCUGGAGGGUUGAGCCAAUCACGGGUCGGGAUAGUUACCUGUGGGAGGCAACACGCCCUCUUUGGUCCUAGAUUCAGGCUACAAGGCAGCACUGGGAAUAGCCCCACCCAGUGUAUUCGGCAAACGUAUCCAAACGGAUAUGUGGGCGAGCUUGCGGGCAUCAUGGGACAGGCAGGCGACGGGGUUCGGGUGUUG